AUGCCUCCGACGACGAAGCGCCAACGAACGCCGAAGAACGAUCGCGGUCGCGUGACCGGGUCAAGAACCAGCGAGAAUGCGCUGCUCGGCGCACCGUUGAGAACCCGUUCAGAUCUCCCCGACGACGACAGCCACCUCCUGCUAUCGACGAGUGGCAACCGCCACGUGGUGGGUUUUACGCCCCUGCCACAACCCGAAGAACACCAGCAAGCGCAGCGUUUGUCUCAGCUGCUGCUCCAUCAACGACUGAAGCAAAUGGCGCUUUAG